UAGUGAGCAAAAUUGCCAUCAAAGAGGAUAAGCUUCGCCAAGGCAAAGGCCGAAAGGAUCGCUCGAUUGCGCGCAUCUAAAGGAGAGAAAGAAAGAGUGAGAGGUGGAGUGGAUGCUUGGGCAGCGUGACCUAGGAGGUAGCAGAGUUGGAGAAGUCUUUGAAGGCCGAGGACGACGGCAGUCGGUGACCUUGCGAGUUGCGACCGGACGAGCGGCGGAUCUCGGCCGAUGGAGGAGGAGUACGUGCAGAGAUACCACAGGCACGAUCCCGGAGAUAACCAGUGUAGCUCCACUCUCGUCAAGCACAUCAGGGCUCCUGUCCAUCUCGUUUGGUCAUUGGUUAGACGAUUUGACCAGCCACAGAAGUAUAAACCCUUCGUAAGCAGAUGUGUGGCGCAGGGUGAUUUCGAGAUCGGCAGUGUCCGAGAAGUUAAUGUCAAAUCGGGGCUGCCGGCCACAACCAGCACGGAGAGAUUGGAGCUACUAGAUGACAAGGAACACCUCCUCAGUGUUAAGAUUGUGGGAGGAGAUCACAGACUAAAGAAUUACUGCUCCAUUAUCACUGUCCAUCCAGUGGUGAUUGAUGGGAGACCAGGCACUCUGGUCAUAGAAUCCUUUGUAGUCGAUGUGCCCGACGGCAACACCAAGGACGAAACCUGUUACUUCGUGGAGGCGUUGAUUAACUGCAACCUAAAAUCUUUGGCCGAUGUCUGUGAGCGUUUGGUGGCACAACCCAAGGUGUAACACAUGGCUGACAAGCUAGAAAAAAAAGUGGUGUUUGGUGGAUAGCAUCGUAAAGCAAGGGAGCAAUGGACACUUGAGCAUUACCGGACAAAAUUGUCCCCAGGUUCUUUGGCGUGAUCUAAUUAUCUUUUGGCAGUCAGCUGCAUGGUGUCGUUCCAAUUGCAAUGCAAUAAAUGGUCAGAUUCAUUGUAAGAGGAGGAGAGUCGCUGCUACUGCUGGAUGUGACAGAUUCAUUGUAAGAAGACCACGUGACUCUACUUAUUGGAGAAUCUCAUCUCGAUGAUCGAUCGAGAAUUGUGGCUAUCGAUUCAUGUCUUCGACUCUGUUUAUUGGGACCGCCAGUAUUGGCGAGUUGUCUGCAGGAUUUGACCACUAUUGGUACUGUAUUACCUCACGUAAUUAAUAUUCGCUUUUUUGGGGCAUCAGAAAGAAUAUUUGCUCUUUUCAUGGUAAGAAAGAAUUAGAAUCA